AUGGCAGGGGGAAGUAGUACUAGCAAUGAUGGAAAUGAACUUAGCAAAGUAGUGAGGCAACUGGCAGCAGUUGCCCAACAACUGGAAAGAAACGCGAUUGGUAGUGGGGAUGCCCAUGGGGAGCUUUUUAUGAAGGUGACUCAAAGUAAACUGCCAACCUAUCAAGGGGAGCCUGAUCCUACCAUACUGGAAAACUGGUUGAGGGAGUUUAAGAAACGUUUUAGAGCAGUAGGAUGCCCAGAUAAUUUUAAGGUGGGCUAUGCGACCUACUGUCUGAGGGGUGAAGCUGACCUUUGGUGGCAACAAAAUGAAGCUACCAUUAGAGCACUACCUGGAUUCAAUUGGAUUAAGUUCCAAGAGAAAGUGAGAGACAUGUUUUACCCUAGUUUCCUACAGAAGAAAAAGGUAGAGGAGUUCUCAAACCUUAAGAUGGAAAAGAUGUUAGUUACUGAAUACUACACCAAGUUUAUUGAGUUGUCCCGUUUUUCUGAAGAGUAUGUUGCUACAGAGAAGGAAAAGGCUAGAAAGUUUGAGAGUGGCCUAACUAUUGAUUUACAGUUAAAGCUGUGGGGGCAAGUGUUUGAGACCUUGGAUGAAGUAUAUGGAAGGGCCGCACACCUUUACGCAUUGGAGGAGAACAAAAAGAAGGAGUUAGCUGAGAUAGAAGGAAAAGAGAAGAGGAAGGAAGUAGGACAAGUUUCUUGUAAUCAACAAGGAAACUAG